GGUGCAAAUCAAGUCAAACUCUUGAAUAAGAUCACCACAGGAUUCUCCAAGAAUGAAGGUGAUAGUUCAGAAGAAACAGCAGAUAAACAGGAGAAAACCAACAUGACCGGUUCCCUCAAAAGUGUAAGUUUAAAACCCUUAACAUAUAAACAGACUCAUCAGUUACCCCUUAUAGACAUUGUAUAAUACCAUCAACCAAAUUUUUGUGCUUAUCCCAGGAAUUAUUAUUUGAGUUUCAAAAAAUGACGGUCAAUUUUUUGAAAGAAAAUCUUAAGCAAUGGGUAAUUUUGAGUUAUCUUAAGCCUGGCUGAAAGGUUUUUAAGGGCCAUUACAGUGUAGAUAUAUAGUGAACUUUAUGGAAAGAGUUAGUAGUCCGCAUAUAUCAAAAUAGAAAUAGCCUUUUCGACAUAAUAUCUUCUGGGAAAAAUUUGUACCUUGUCUAUGAAAUUGUGAUGAGAUGAAUAAUAUUUUAUGAAAAAUAAGUAGAUGAAUGAAUUUAUAAACAGAUAAUCUAGCAGUGGCACAACAACGGCUGGUUCAUCAUGUGUGUGUAGACAACAAAUUCCUGUUCGUUUUCAUGGAAAAGAGGGGGGUGGGGUUGGAGAAUGCUUAACAAAGUAUCCUUUGCCUUAUGCUGGGUUUAGGAAGCAAACCUGACUUGCAGAAGUUAUGUGUCAGUACUCUUUAAAUACCUCUGAACAUUGUGCCAUUGGUGUCCCCUCCCCAGAAAGUCGUUAUUUAAUGAGCAUGAUCUAGGAAGUGGUGAAGAUGGUGGUGCAGCAUCUUUUGUAUAAUUGCAUGUUGAAUUACAUAGGUUGCUUGGACAUGGUAAGGCCCUUACUUAUAUUUUCAUGCCAUUCUGCUAGCAAUUUUUAUCCUUGUGGUUAUUCUUUAAGACUGUUGACAGGGUGAUGCUCCGCCUGAAGGUUACCUCUAUGGAAGAAGAGAAAAGGUUAAGCCCUAUUUUGUGCUCUGCCUGAUCAACUGAAAGUCUGUCAGUAUUACUUUGAUCCAAAGUAUGAAUACACCCUACUUUAAAUUAUAGAACUUAUUAACCCUUGAUACCUUAACAGCAGUAGACAAGUUCUCCACACUAUAUUCUAUACACAUUUAACAAUCAAAAGCUUCUUGACUUCCCAAUCAUUUCCUUUAUCCUCAUGGUGUUUAGGUUUGAUUCGGGAGUGAUACUGUUUUGACAAAUUAGAUGCUUAUCACUAUUAGGGUUUAAUAGUUAGGAGUUUUUUCUAGGUUUUACUAAAUAGAAAUUACCAAUUAUUGUAAGGUGUUUGCAUAUAUGUGUACUGUCUUGCAUUUUUUCUUUUAAGAGGGUAAAAGUUCCACACUAGUCAUGCUGCUGAAUAUUGAAUUGCCUCCUUUAAUUGCCUGUUUUAUGCUACUUUCAGUAGAUGUUUUUAAAAUACAAUGCCACUGAAUGACAUAAAUCCUGGCAAAUAGGUGCUUUUUGUUAACUGAUGGACUUGUCCCUUUUCACAUAUAGAGAUAACUUAAAAUCUUUUAAGACCUGGUGACUGUUAUCAUGUAAUGUCAAUCCUGUUCAAUUUCUUUGAUUUCAAUGCAGUGAGAAAGAAUUCCAUGCAGUUUUCCAUACAGUACAGAAUGAGGUAAUGUUGAAAUAAAAACAAUUAACAAUUAAAAAUACAUGGUAACAAAAGUACCUUUUGGGAAGUGUCAACAGGAUUUUCAAGGCUUUCACCGAACAAAAAUUGAAACACCAGACAGUGCUCUUUAGUUUUACAGUCCUUUUUGAGUUUGAUGGAGAGAGAUUUUGUUUUAUUACACAUGUUUGGAUCUGGAAUUUGAGCCUUUGUCUUAUUUUCAUACUUCUGAAAAUAUAUGUCAGGGUUUGUACAGGUCCUGAGAAACCUGGAAAGUCCUGGAAUUUUAUAUUGACAUUGGAAAGUCGUAGACUACAGACUACAGGCCCUGGUAAUUCCUGUAAAUCUGCUUAACUCAAGCAAUAAAAGAAUUCAGAAUUUAUGUUAUGAGGAAAUUAUUGCAGACCAUAAUGAGAAUUGAUUUAGAAAUCUUUGUAAUGAAAGAGUUUAAGGUGAAAAUUUGGAGUCUUAGAAAAGUACUGGAAAAGUCCUCGAAAGUUAUUUUCUGAAAAAGGGUACUAACCCUGAUACAUGCAUUGACACUCCACUAACACUUCUUAUAGGUGGGUCCAAUAAAUAUAGGCUCAUUGCCCCUUGACACACAGCCAUAGUUUAGCCUGUGAGAGCAGGCUAUUAUAGGUGCUACAGCAAACUACGCCAUCAGAGUUAGGCUGCAGAGAUGGUAAGUUACCUACCACAACCCUCAUUGGCAACCAGUAUUAAAUUAAACUUGUCUCUGAAAGCUUUGCUCCUCAUGUCCUCACACUUUAAUUGAUGAAGUCUUCCUGAGGGAUGCAGUAAUUGCCAAAGAUAUAACUGAACUAGUGGUGCUCCAGCCACAGAGUUAUAUUUUUUGUCUUGUGCUACAAUAUGCAACAAAAUUUUUGCCCAAGUAAGUCUACAUCUUCUGAUUAGUAUGUUUAUUUCACCUCUUAGAAAGAAGAACUUCUGAUGUCAAAAGAGAAUGAGGAGGAAAACAUGUGGGAUAUUGUGGAUUUGGAUGAUGAGGCAAUUGAGGAAUAUGCUUCUAAUGAGCUAUUGGGGCAGUUUUUGUCCAACACAGUGUUCAGAACUGGAAUUCUCUGUGUCAUUUUAUUUAACAGUAUACUGAUUGCUGUUGAGACAGACCAGGAACUUGUGAGUAUAACACAACCCUUAAGCACACAAUCCUGAGCUACUUAGGAGACCUUCUCUCUGUGUACUGUCAGUAUUUUCAUAAAGAAUUGUAGUAUAAAAGAAUGAUGUACGAUAAGGUAAGGAUGAAGUCUGCACUUGAGCUAAGUGACCCGUCCAGCUAGAGCUAUGUUAUAAAAAAACCCCUGUUUCUGUUGCAUGAAUCAACUAGGAGUAUUACUGCUACCCCCUGGAUACUAGUCCAAUGUUAACCCCACCCCACCACCACCCUUAGAAUUUCAUUUUCCCACAGUUCUCUUUGGUACCUAUUUAUACUCCUGGGUAGUAGGCACUGUGAUAGGAAAGUGCUUGGCCCAAGAACACAUCAAAAAAUCCAGGUCAGCACCCAAACCUGAACCUCUCCACCAGUCCAGCCCACUACCUGAAUGCCACCAGUCUCUCACAGGGAAUGAUGUAAAGAAACAGGAAAAUAAUCUGCUAAUAGUUUAAUGUUCAAAUUUUUUCCAAUUUCCUGAUACUUCAACAGGAGGAGAAGUACAGUCAUUUGUUCUCAGUGUUAGAUCAAUGCCUGAUGACAAUCUUUGUGUGUGAGAUUCUUGUCAAAUGGUAUCAUGGAUUUUUUAUGUUCUGGAAGAGGGGAUGGAAUGUUCUUGAUUUCUUCAUUGUGGUGGCUCUCCUUCUUGGACCUUGUGAGUUUAUUGUUGAUAUGAAGUUUUUAAUAUUCACUUGCAAUUUAUUGUUUUUCCGCCUUCUGGUAUUUUUAUUAGUUCAAAUUAAAUACGCGUAGUUGAGUAAAUGGAGGGGGAAGGGGACAGGAUCUCACCACAAAACAUGUUAAAAAUGACUGUGUCAGGUGUAAUUUUUUAGUUCAGACAAUACCAGAGGUUCAUUUGUACAAAGUAGGUUGUCCAGUUGAAAAUACCUCCUUCUAAAAAAACAAAUUCUCCAAAUUUCCAAUGCAAUCUUUGAAACAGUGGACAAAAAGCCACCCAUAAAAGUGCCACCUCUAAUAUCCAUCCAGUAUCUUUUCAAGCUAUAAUGAGGUUAAUUUAUACAUGCAAGGGACAUUUAUCAACCUCUUCACACCUCAUAUGAGCGCUUCUUAUGCCUUGAACUCACUUGUGAUCAAGUCUUUUUCCAUCCCUGAUAACCUGACCAGAAGAGGAACUUAGCUAGUUUCUUGUAGGUUGCAGUACAUAACUGUCUUCAUCACUGAGGCAUUUUUAUGGUAUUGUUAGUGCUUAGCACAGGAUCAGGAAGUAGAGGUGUAUUGAGAAUUCUCCGAGUGUUGAGAGCUUUCCGCAGUCUUAGAAGGUAGAAAACUGAUUAUAAUGAAAAACCAGUCUAACAACAGUAGAGAACUCUCAGGUGGUGUUGUAUUAUCUUUUCCUCGUCGUAUUGAGCUGACAAAAUUAAACCUACGUGUUUACCAGUUAGUGAUAGGUCAUGUUUUUUUUUUUCUAUUUUUAAAUUAGAGGCGUAGUAAGUCAAGGUAGUCAGUGGUUCAUGGUUCCAACUGUCUUUCUAAGGAAAGGGUAGGGACUGUGGUGAGGGCCUGGCAAGCCAUUUAGUAUGAUAAGCAAAGUUCCCUUCACACUUGGCAAACUGUUAUGUAUGAUGGAAAUAAUGCCAAGGCCGCACAAACGGGCUACCUUACUUCUCAAAAGCAGUAGAUAGUUGGGUGUGUUUAUGACUUAAGUUGACUAAAUUUGUCUUGUUUUAAUUUGAUUAUAGCAUCACUUCCUUGCCUGGGUUACAGAUUGUUGUACAGACAAUAUUACAGUCAGUUCCCGGUGAGAUCAUUUUUUCCUUUUAUUUUCCUAGCGCUUAUGCCUUGUGUUACCGUGACAAGCUGGACCUAUACAGAGUCAGAGUAUUUACUAUAGGCGGGUUAGGCUGUAUGCAUGACAACUAGUAACAUUUGAAUUUUAUAAGUGAGCCCGGUGUAUAGGAUAAACAAACAGUUCAGUGUGGAAAGAAACCGGCGUUUCGUCGUUAUCUUUAUUACGCCUACCUGGACACUGGAGCCACCCUCUCGACUAAUCAAACUGCGUGCAACAGUAUGAUGAAUCGGUUACUCGCGUUUUUCUGCUGUUCCAGCACUUUACUUCUCGUUCACUCGGUCUUUACGUUUUUCAUGUAUUGCUUGUGAUGUUUUCCUUCGCAAUGAUUCGCCAUUGUAACUGCUUUUGUCUCAGAUUAGCGGCACUCGAUCGAAAUGUGAUCCAAGCUACCUAGCUAGCUAGUAGUGUUACAACCCUAUGCUGUAAUUUUGGGAAAGCAAUGUGGGAAAAUUAUCAGAGACCCCGAGAUCGUGUGCUAAGCAUAAAAAGUGCGACACGGCCGCUUGUUUAUCGGUCGCCAUACACAAUACUGUCAUAGUUAAUCUGGAGAACUUUGUAGAUAACACAUACACUGUAGCCCAAUAGCAUGAUCUCUUCUCUUCACAGACAUGGCGAAUAUAGUAUUGUUGCUCGUGAUUAUCAUGCUGGUGUUUUCAGUGAUUGGCGUCACGUUGUUCAGAGACAUUGUUCCCAUGUAUUUUGGAAAUCUCUCGAGCUGUAUCCUUUCAUUAUUCUUUUUAUUAAGUGAUCUUUAAAAGAAACGAUAUGCCACCAGGGAAAUCAAGGGAAAUGACAUUUUCAAAUCUAAUUAAAAAAACAGGCAUCUGUACGAUUAGUCUGCUUAAUAACUAUGCUAUACUCCGGUCAUAUGAGUGUCUGUGAGUAGAAAGCAUGGGUCUCCGCUUGCGCGCUUUGCGCGCAGGAGCUCAGUUAUGAUUUUAAACUUCAGAGCGUCAUUUCUCCGAUCAUAUGAGUCGCGUUUACUUAACUUCUUUCAGCAAUGUUUUAUCUCUUUGUUUGUCUGACUCAAGAUGGCUGGAUGGAGAUUUUCAAAGCGUUUCAGGUAAUUAGACGAUAACCUUAUUGAUGAUGCACAACAUAUUGAACUGCUUAAAUGCUACGCAGCUCAAAUGAAAGGCAGUACUGUGGUAUAUGUGUUAUUAUCCAGGGCUACUUUUUUUACAUGUUUAUUUCUGGAAGGGGGAGGAACUUGUCAGAGAGGAAGGUCUUGUUACAGUUUUUACUAUAUUGUGUCUUGCAGGAUGUUGGAGAGACGUACUACAUUGGUGGAGGACUCUUUCUCCUUGUAUUCAUAGCGAUUGGUGCGUUCGUUUUCGCCAACCUUGUUGUGGCUGUCGUGGUAACAAAUCUGGUUAGUGAUGAACUCUGACGGUAAAAUACUUAAACGAAAGAUUUGGUGUAAACAGCUGUAUUCCGCAACGAAUCUCACUCCUUAAACCAAUCCUUUAAAACCCUAACGAGAUAGUUUGUUGUUAUCAAUUGAGUUCAUGAUGUAACUUGGCCACUGAAAAGAGUUUAUACUGAAAGCUGCCGUUUCGAGCGUUAUCCCUUCGUCAUCGCUCUGACGCAGGGCUGCCGCUCGAAACGUUAGCUCUAGAAAGUCUUUACGGGGGCUAAUUUACAUUACCAACGCAAUUAACAAAACCUCUACCGACUGUGUUUCAAGCAUUGCGAUGCCAUAUGUGAGUUGUGUGUUCACUGUCACCUUCACUUACUCACUCAAAAAGGAAUUUGCUAUGGUGGAUGUGAAGACUGAAGGAAAAGAUCGCGGAGAAAAAGAUGACCUCAAAGCCAAACUUGACGGAGAUGGUAAGUUGUGUCCAGGCGCGCAAAAAAGCUUUUUAAUCAUUAAGUUCCCGAUCUGACUUAUUGCAGCCUUGUAAAAUGUUUAAGAAAACUUGAAAUGAAAAUAAACAAUUUUAAGCGGCAGAUGGAUGAGGAUGAAAGAACUAACUGCGGGGCACUAUAUUGAUUACUUGAGACUAAAUCGGAUUCUCGAGGCUCUGGAGAAAUGACUGUACAGUGCGGAAAUCAUCGCUCUGGUAGCUCAAGAAUUUCCAGUGUCUUAUCAUUUUGUUCUUACAUCAGCCUCAUACUGGACGCUGAGAGAACUGUAAAGACUUAUGACAUCGGUCGAAUUUGUGUAGCCUGCGUAGCUUGCGGUUUUGGGGCGCUCGAUCGCUUGAAAUAGGCCGCGGAUGGAGCCGAGAAAAUGGGGAGUGGAGCAUCAAAAAGAAACUAGUGUAUCCCGUCUUAAACCAUUCGCGGCUUCGCCUUUCCUUCUCUCGGUUUCCCUCACAAAACCGGCAGGUCUAAGGUUAGUAUUUGCAAUUUUCAGACACCACUCUGAAGACUGUGGGAGUUGAAGAAGUUCCAAGUUUUGUGUACUUGAAACAAAUGCCGUUUCAGUUACCGGUAAGAUUUGACUUAUUGAAAGGAAAGUUUUUUUGCGUGUAAAAGGUAUUACACUAGAUAGACAAAUAAUUUAGUUUACUGAAAAGUUCGUGAACGGCACAUUAUAUCUUUGAUUUGGCUAACCUUUGCUUUAACCUUUAAGAAAGAUCCAACAGAAAAUUAAAUAGUCUGAGUAAUGUCUCCCUUUCAAAUCAAAUGCAAAUGUUUCUCAUUGAUGCAAGAUUUGCCACGUGGCGAAAGCAAGUUAUUCCAACUUAACUAGUGAAUUAUUUUGCUGUGAAGAGAGGUGUUACAACAAUUAACUGUUAACAUUGAACUCCUUCUGAACAACAUGAGUGGUUACUUUUUUAUUAGUACUUAAAAAACUUGCAAGAAACCAAGUUUUGUCGUUGUUAUCCUGGCACGCUUUUGUUAAUCUCUGCAUGUGGCCUCGAUUGCCGCUGCUCUCAGAAUGGACUUAAUUUCUUAACUGGGGCAGCAGCGUUGUCGAGCCGAGAGUGCAUUAUACCAGGCCCGACUUGAGCCUCUCUCUCGGGUCUUGCUUUCGUUUGAAUGCAUGGACGAGCGGCGAUGCCUUAUCUGGACACCGGCUGGUGUUGGGAAAUUUCAAUUAUAUUUAUAUUUAUAAUUUCUUUUUUUUUCUGUCCCGAGGUUAAAUGUUUGGUCGCUUUCUUUAAGUAGACUUCUAUCUCACUCGUGUCUUGCUUUCGUUUAAAUGCAUGGGUGAGCGACGACGCCAUUUCUGGAGAGCGGCUGGUGUUGGGAAAUUUCAGUCAUAUCUAGAUUUAUAGCUUCUUUCUUUUUGUCCUGAGGUUAAAUAUUUGGUCGCUUUCUUUAAGUAGAUCUUUUAUUGCAUAGGACUUGACAAAACUUCCUUCCGAGAAACUAGAAAAUUAUUUCCUCAUUCUGAGCGCGAUUGAAGAAAAUCUGGGAGAAUCGAAAAGAAUCAAGGCAGAGAUCAAUGAGGUGAGAAAGCAGGAUGAUAGUUUCCAAUGGAGAUGUCAUGUCUCGAGUGAAGGUAAAUUGAUCUGUGGUCGUGAAGUGCAGUGACUGGUACUUGUCAUACCAGAGGUAACCAGGCGGAUGUUUGUACCUCUUAGUCCUUUCACUACCGAGAUCACUCUGAAUAUCAAUGCUUCGCAUUGUUUUCCGUACUUUCCCUAUGACGUUGGCUCCUGGGGUUCGUAAUCAAAUCAAACAAUAUCGCCAACUGAGUUGAUAUUUUCUGGCAUUUCUUUACCUUCCUUCAUGAAUAUCUACAUUGCUACAGAAUAAUUUAUUAUGCUGCUAUGGUAGGAGAAUUCUUUUUUAGACACUUACGGUGGGGAAAGGAUACAUCGUAAGUUCCAUGUUGUUAUUUGCUAUAGAGGGUAAUUUGACGGCUGUUUUGUUUGUUUUUACUCAGUGAUCAUGCUUUCUCUUUUCUCAGAUAAUUGGUGAAGUGUCGGAGCUACAAGACAAGGCGAAGAAGGAAGGGAUUUUGAAGAAUGACAACGAACCCGAUGAUACGAAAACCAGGAGCGACGAUAAUUUUGAGGUAUGGAAUUUGCAUCUUUGAGUUUUGGAUUUUGUAGGAAAACUGUUUAAAUAUCAGAGGGAAAUCAUUAGAUUACUUUUUAGAGAAAAGAAGAGAAUCUUGGCUCUUUUGGUGUUCGUAUCCAUUAUUUAAGAUGAGUUUAAAUUCCUCCCCGAGCAUACUGAUAUCUGUUCAUAUUGUUCAAGCUAAGCUGAGACUAUUCUUGAAGGUUUUGGAAGAACGCCUUCAGUCUGUUAAAUUUAAACAAUACUUUGACUAUUUUGUGUAAUGAAAAAUGAUCAGUACAACAAUAUUGUAAUUUGACCCUAUCACUUCGUGCGAUGUUUCCCAGUCUAUUUUUGUCACGUGAUCUUUUUUUUUUUUUUUUUUUUUUUAACCAAAGAUGCGCUUGGGAGAGUAUUCUAUGCAUUAUUUUCAAAGUUCUAUCAUACAUGUAGUGUCCAAUGUGGUGGCCUGGUGUCUACCAUUCUGCACUGAGAGGUGUGAGUUCGAGCUCCUUGUGUUGUGAUCUGGGGAGAGAAAAUUUACUCUCGUAAUACCUCUCUCCAUCCAAGAGUAUGAAUAGGUGCCAGCAAACUGUUAUGGAAGCGAAAGGAAUACUUGAGGGGGGGGGGAUUGACAACCUGCCAUGGAUUACAUGUCAUUUGGAAGAAGAAGCAAUAAUAUUAAUCUAAAUCACUCAACCCUUUACAGUGAUUAACACUAUUUGCAUGUCCUCAGCCCACACAGAUAACUGGUGGCGAUUUGAUGUCGAACCUGAUGGAGAUGGAGCAAGGUAAACUAUUUGACUCGCGCAAGGAGACAUUGGGGUCCAUGCUGCGAGAGGGCGCUAGACUGGUGAGCACAGUCACACAAAAGAAAAAUACAACUGAUGAACGGAGAAGGCCUUCCAUUCCGGCUACUUUUUUCAAUAAAGGGUGA